UUUGUUUUCCGGUUCCACUCAGCAAAAACAGUAGUGCAAAACACCCCCGUGAGGUUGCAUAUGAAUAACCGCGGGAAAAUUUGUUCAAACCAACGUCCAUGGUAGCAACUAACUACAAACAAUAAAUCAAAACAGCCACUUUUCUUUGUAGUUUCUAUCGAACUCGCACACAGUUAACUUCCAAGAUGAAUCUCUUUCGCGAUUAUAUAAAUCGCCAAACCCUAAUCUCCAUACGAGCUUUCCUCGGAUCAAUUCACAACACUCUUCUCUCUCUCUCUCUCUCCUCCUCAAAAUGAAUCCAAAUGAUAACAACAAGAAGAACAUCCACUCCUCCUCUGAUCCUCCACCUUUCGAUCCAUCCCAGCCCUCUGUGCCAAUCUCAUAUCCCAUCAAAACCCUAGAAGACCUCGAAUCGAGGGUCUAUUUCGACUCAUUUCACUUCCCAUUCAACAAAGCUUCAGUGACUCUUCCAUCUGAUAAUGAUUCUUUGGCUGACCGUCCCAGAAUUCUGGUGUGCCAUGACAUGGCCGGAGGGUACUUGGAUGAUAAGUGGGUCCAAGGGGGGACCAAUGCCGAUGCGUAUGCCAUAUGGCACUGGUAUUUGAUUGAUGUUUUUGUGUAUUUUUCGCAUAGCUUUGUUACCCUUCCACCUCCUUGUUGGACUAAUACAGCUCACAAACAUGGUGUCAAGGUAUUGGGGACUUUCAUCGUAGAAUGGGAUGAAGGCAGAGUUAUUGCUGACAAACUACUCUCGACGAAGGAGUCUGCUCAAAUGUAUGCCGAGCGCUUGACUGAGCUAGCUGUUGCUUUGGGCUUUGAUGGAUGGCUGUUAAAUAUGGAGGUUGGCUUGGAUGUUGGGCAAAUCCCUAAUCUGAAAGAAUUCAUCAUCCAUUUAACUAGUACCAUGCACUCUUCAAUGCCUGGAUCUUUAGUCAUAUGGUAUGAUAGUGUUGCUGUUAAUGGUAAUCUUAGCUAUCAAAACAGACUGAAUGAAAAUAAUAAGCCUUUCUUUGACAUAUCUGAUGGCAUAUUUGUGAAUUAUUCAUGGGAGGAAGACUAUCCUAAACGUUCAGCUGAAGUUGCCGGUGACAGAAAGUUUGAUGUCUACAUGGGUAUUGAUGUUUUCGGAAGGGGCACUUAUGGUGGUGGACAGUGGAAUACAAAUGUUGCACUUGAUGUGCUGAAGAAAGAUGACGUGUCAGCUGCGAUAUUUGCUCCUGGAUGGGUAUACGAGAAUAAGGAACCGCCUGAUUUUCAGACUGCUCAGAAUCAUUGGUGGUCCCUUGUUGAAAAAUCAUGGGGAAUAUUACAGAAUUACCCCAGAGUACUUCCUUUUUACUCAAAUUUUGAUCAGGGACACGGUUACCAUAUUUUCGUUGACGGAGGGCAAGUACUGAAUGCCCCUUGGAACAACAUUUCUUCUCAAAACUUUCAGCCUUACCUUGAGUUUUCUGGAGAGCCUACACCAAAUUCAAUUCAAGUCCUUGUUGAUUUUAAGGAACCAUCUUAUAGCGGAGGAGGGAACAUCACUUUUAAAGGAUCUCUUGAAGGCAAUGCGUAUUUCACAACCAGGCUCUUUCAGGGAGAGCUUCUUUUGGGGGAUUUACCAAUCUACUUUACAUAUUCUGUGAAAUCUGAUGAGAUCUCCCUGGUAGGCCUUUCCCUGGAGUUCUCUUCUACCCUGAAGGAGAGAACAUCAGUACUUCUUGCAUCCCGGGGAAGAACAUUGCUUACGAUAAACCAGUUGUCAACAAAAUUUGGUAAAGUGAUCAUGCCAUGUCGAGUUACAAAAUCAGAAACUGCACCAGGAUGGGUCAUACAGGAGAGUAGCAUUUCAAUGAAUGGAUACACAUUAAAAGAAAUACAUGCUGUAUGCUAUCGAUCAAAGCCUGUGCUCAGUAAACAGAUACUAAAUUCUGGAUCAAAUGGCGAAGAUAAUUCCUUAGCUCGCGGUCCAUCAGAAUAUUUUGCACUUCUAGGCCACAUCACAGUUAAAACUUCUGAGCAGAACUCGAGUUUCCCUCCAUCUACUUCAUGGCUAGUAGAGGGUCAGUAUAUUAAAUGGACUUCGGGUUCUCAGGGAUCAAAGACCCUUAGUGUCAAGGUCAUUUGGAAACUGAAAGAUGGAGAUGCUUCUCUAUUCCCACAGUACAACAUUUAUGUGGAGAAAUUGAGCAAAAUGCUUGAAGGUGUGCAGGAGUAUCUUGGAGUGGCACGAGUGGACGCCUUUUAUGUUUCUGAUCUUGUCAUUCCUACCGGCACUUCUAGUCUCAAUUUCAUUAUUCAAGUGUGCAGCAUUGAUGGAGCUUGUCAGAGUCUACAUGAUUCUCCAUCUUUCCAUUUGAAUGUUGAAGGUCAGUAAUCUAUAUAUAUGUUACUUUCUUGUUGCAUGACAAUAAAAGUUCAAAAGAACUGCGCAGAAUAAAAUAGCCUUUUCAAUAUAACUUAUUUUCCGAAGUGUAUUUCAAUACUAGUUUUAUAUAUUUCUAGAGUUGGAUUUAUGUAUUUGAACUGCUCUUUAAUUGCAUUUCUCAAAAACUUAUCACAGUCUCAUGUGGUACAUUCUUUAUUCUCUCUU